AUACAGUCUAUAGUCACUCAAAUGUUGACCGACACAGCCCAAAUUUCAAAUAUUGGAGAUAAAACCCCCCUAAAGCAAUUCAUAAUUGAAGUUUUAGCGCUCAAAGGAUUUCCUUUUAAGGAAUAAACUGCGCUUAUCUCUUGCUGAAUAAAUCUCUACGUUAAUGAUAUAAAUUCCGUAGUAAUGCAGCGUUACAGAAAAAGUCCUAGUAAACAAAUUGAAUUUCAUUUUUAACUUUGCGGGAAGAGCAAAUUAAACUUUUUCUUCAAGCUUAACAUAAGCUUAUUCAUAGCGUGACAAUAUUAUUUGGAUUAAGACAAAGAUGUUGAUGGAUUCCACGAAGAAAUGUAUAUUUCUACUGCAAGUAAUAUCAAGUGCCUUUUUAGUGAAAACACAAAUUACUCCAACCCCAGCCGGUGGUAUUGUAGCAUAUAAAAAUGGAACUUGUGGUAGUUAUAAUAAUUCCAUGGAAACAACUUGUAACUUCCCUGACUUGUUCUCGGAAGAAAAAGGAACAUGUAUACCAUUUUACGAAGUGAGUUGUGGAAACAGAACAGUGCCUCUCACGCCCUGUGAAUACACUAAUUCAAAUUGCUCAAGACCUAGGGAAAAUGCAACUUUAUGUGUAUGUGAAAAUGACUUGGACUUAAACUAUGACAUGUGCCUGUCUCUGAAUGAUGGGGAUUAUGCUUGGCCAGCACGCCACUGGUCACCGUACUUUAUUAAGUGCACAUCCAAACGUACCCUGCCCACUAGCUGUGAAGGACAUUCUGUGAUCUAUAACUUCUUUGAGAACAAAUGUCAAGUUGUUUAUGAAGUAGUGAACGCUGCAUAUAAUUUAUCAUUAUCUUUGAGCAUUCCAGAAUCCCUUUACCAUCUUUUAUCUUUCAAACCAACACAUUUUGUUCCUGAGCCAACACUUGAAAUUUCACGAACGCAUUUCGAUCAGGUGGCACAUGCAUCCGAUAUGAUCACGCAUUCUACUAAAGUCGCUGUAGAAUCUACGAUAUUUACAAAAACUGCCUCCAAAACUGUUCCCUCUGUUAUUUCUGGAAUUGGAAGUGGAAACAUUUUAGAUAGUUCUUUCACACUUACAACACCACAAUUCGUCUAUUCAGAACUGUCACCAGUAAUAACCACACACGUGGGUUCAACUUCGUAUCACUCAGCUCCAGCUGGUGAAUUAUCAAAUUCAAUUGUUUCAUCUCAAGAUUCUACAUCAAUUUAUCAACAAGAAUCUUCAGCACAAACAUCUUUAUACCAUUGGUCGUAUCAGUCUUCAAAAAAUCCAACUAAAGUUAUGAAUUCAAAGAUCGCAUUUUCAACGAAUGAAAUCGAAUCAACGCAAACGACCAAUAUUUUAACUUCAGCUUCUUCAUCAACAAAAGAAUACGCAUCAGGUAGCAUAUAUUUUUCAAAUGAGUCCAAGCUAGAGCAAAUUAAAUUUUCGCAAACAAGUUCGUCUCUUUUUAGUGCAACGACCAUAACACAAGAUAAUGUUGUAAAGUCUGACUCAAAUCAAUUUUCUACUACUAUGGAAAAAUCAUCAUCCAGUGAAUUGUCACAGACUUCUAUAAGACACCUACAUACACAGACGAGUUCGUUAUUGCCUCCUUUUCAUUCGUCUCGUUUCAUAAAUCCAUCUUCAACUGAUAAUUUUUCAUCUUCAGUAUUUUCAACAAAUGAUUUUGAAACAGCGGCAACAAUCUUUCCUGUUGACUCAUCUACGUCAUCAGCAAGAUCGCUAGGAAGGAUAUCUAGAAAUUUAGAGUCAGUUAGCAAUUCAUUACUUUCAUUAAAACAAACUUCAAUUUUACCGUUUGUAACUAUCGUCAAACAUACUGCCUCAUUGACUACAACAAUA